GAGCCCUCUGCGGGGCUGCCUUUUUUCCGGGCUGCGGAGGAAAAGGGUCGUCGGAGCGCGAUGGCUUCGUCGCGGGGCCCUGCGGGGGCGAAGGCAAAGGCUUCGGACGAGGGAGAUGGGCCGCCUGCAAAGAAGGGCCCGAUUUUCUACGGAAGCCUGGAGGAGAAGGAGCGGGAGCGUCUCCUCAAGGGGGAGUCCGGGAUGUUGGGCAGGGAUGCGGUCAAAGCGGCUAUCGAGGCUGGCAACAUUAACAUCACUACAGGUGAUGUUUUUGACCUGGAAGACCAUAUCAGUGAGCGCCAAGCAGAAGUACUGGCGGAGUUUGAGCGUAGGAAGCGCGCCAGGCAAAUCAACGUUUCCACGGAUGACUCUGAGGUCAAGGCCUGCCUGCGAGCCCUCGGGGAGCCCAUCACGCUUUUCGGAGAAGGCCCUGCGGAAAGGAGGGAGAGACUACGUAAUAUUCUCUCGGUGGUGGGCACGGAUGCCUUGAAGAAAACCAAGAAAGACGAUGAAAAGUCCAAGAAAUCCAAAGAGGAGUAUCAGCAAACCUGGUACCACGAAGGGCCGAAUACCUUGAAGACAGCCAGGCUGUGGAUCGCCAAUUACUCACUCCCCCGGGCAGUGAAGCGAUUGGAUGAAGCUCGGAUGUUCAAGGAGGUUCCCGAGGCCACGCGGACGUCCCAGAAGCAAGAGCUACACAAAUCUCUGCGGUCUCUGAAUAAUUUCUGCAGCCAAAUCGGGGACGACCGCCCCAUCUCCUUCUGCCACUUCAGUCCCAACUCCAAGCUCCUGGCUACAGCUUGUUGGAGCGGCCUCUGCAAACUAUGGUCUGUCCCGGAUUGCAGUCUCAUCCACACUUUGAGAGGACACAAUACCAACGUGGGAUCCAUCGUCUUCCACCCGAAGGCCACCCUCUCCCAGGACAAGAAGGACGUGAACCUGGCCUCGUGCGCAGCUGAUGGUUCAGUCAAGCUCUGGAGCCUCGAAAGUGACGAGCCGGUGGCUGACAUCGAAGGGCACACGGUGAGAGUGGGACGUGUGGCGUGGCAUCCAUCCGGCAGGUUCCUGGGCACCACCUGCUAUGACCAUUCGUGGCGCUUGUGGGACCUGGAGGCCCAGGAGGAGAUCCUGCACCAGGAGGGGCACAGCAAAGGGGUCUACGACAUCGCCUUCCACAACGAUGGCUCCCUUUCCGCCACGGGCGGCCUCGACGCCUUUGGCCGCGUGUGGGACUUGCGCACGGGGCGCUGCAUCAUGUUUUUGGAGGGGCACCUCAAGGAGAUCUACGGCAUCAAUUUUUCCCCCAACGGGUACAACAUCGCCACCGGCAGCGGCGACAACUCCUGCAAGGUCUGGGAUCUCCGCCAGAGGAGAUGCAUCUACACCAUCCCUGCGCAUCAGAACCUGGUCACGGGGGUGAAGUUUGAACCGAAUCACGGCAACUUCCUGCUCACCGGCGCCUACGACAACACGGCCAAGGUCUGGACGCACCCGGGCUGGUCCCCGCUGAAAACCCUGGCGGGGCACGAGGGCAAAGUCAUGGGCUUGGACAUCUCCCUGGACGGGCAGCUGAUCGCCACCUGCUCUUACGACCGGACCUUCAAGCUUUGGAUGGCCGAGUAGGCUGGGCUGCCCCCGCCGGAUUGCCCCUCCCCAGCUCCUGUAGCAAAGGAAGGCCUCAGCCGUGCCAGCCCAGGCUUCAUUGGGAGCUAGCGGAGCCGUUCUGGGUCAGUGACUGAAGCUGCCGCUCUCUCCACACCCUUGCCCUAAAGACACUAUUUUUGUAUUUUCCUGCUCCUGCUGCCCUCCACCUCCUCACCCCGUUCCUGACGUGUAGAGGCUGGGCUCCCCUGACUUCGAUCGAUCGAUCGCCCGCCCCCUCUCGAAGAUUACCUGGGCCGCCCCUGGGGUCGCCCUCCUUGUUCCUGGGACCGGAGCCCUUUCCCCGUCGGACAGAGACUGCGCUCGCGCUUUUGUUGUUUUGAUAUUAAAGCAGCGCUGCUGCUUGAAUCGCAAAA